CUUUGUGGAGUUAUGCCAACAAACCAGGGACAGUAUCCAGCAGUCACUUGUGCAAUCGUUGAGUUACGUAGUCGUGACAGGAUUCCGGCCGUCAGGAGUCAGUGAUUUUCAGGACACUUUCGCAUCGCAGGAGAGAAAAUGACCACACAUUCAAGAUUUACUGGCAACAGGGCGGACCUACGGGGCUCUACAGCAUAUCCGGUCGUCGUGCGUCCCCAGCACGAUCUCAAUUGCUUCGAACUUCGGAGUGAUAAAUUAUCAAGUCUUCUCACCAACAGCGAUAUUGCUGACCUCCCUGUGGUAGUCUUGUCAGUCGCAGGGGGCUUCCGACUCGGAAAGUCGUUUCUUCUCGGAUUCUGCAUCAGGUAUCUAGAGCACCUAGAGACGUCGUCAAACCAAUCAGAUUGGAUGGACAAGGAGAAUAUACCCUUGACGGGCUUUUCUUGGAAGUACGGCAGCAAAAGAGAGACAACUGGUAUUCAGCUGUGGGGAAAAGUGUUCAAGGUGAAGACGCCACAAUACGGGAUCGUGGCAGUCAUUCUGAUGGACACGGAAGGUGCAUUCGACAACACGUCCACGCUGGAAGGAAAUGUCACAAUUUUCUCAAUGAGCAUGCUGUUGAGUUCUGUACAAGUGUACAACCUCAGCAAACAAAUAACUCAAUCCGAUUUGGAGCACCUGAAGCUAUUCGCGGAGUAUGCUAGCAUGGCUCAAAGCAAAGGGGGCCGGGGAAAAGAGGCGUUCCAGAAGCUCCUGUUUCUGAUUCGUGACUGGCAAUAUCCCGGAGACCAGCCAUUUGGUCUGGAAGGGGGAAAAGCGCUGCUUCAUUCUGACCUUGGAGAUGGCCCCUCACUCCCAGAAAAAGUCAGGCAGCUGCGUAAAAAUAUCAGAGCCAGCGUCGGCGAAUUGGGAUGUUUCCUCAUGCCCAGACCUGGUGACGCGAUAGAGAACAAGAGUUUCGACGGAAGGCUUCGUGAUAUAUCUGGAGGAUUUAAGCAUCACAUGAGGGACCUCGUGUCUUAUCUUCUUUCACCCGAAAGGCUUGUUCCAAAAAAGGUCAAUGGAAGGAUUAUUAAGUGCAAGGAGCUCUUGUCGAUGUUUCAGACUUAUUUCACCGUCUUCGACCAAAAGGAGCUCCCUCAACCCAUGUCUGUCUUCAACGCAACUGCAUAUAUCCACAAUAAGAGAAUCAGGGAAGAAAUCAUCCAAAAAUAUGAAACUGAGAUGGAAAAGGCCACCGGCGUGACUAAUAUUUCUGCUUCUGAUGCUGACAUUGAAAUGAACCAUAAUAAACUCAAGGAAGAGUGCUUGUCACAGUUCGACAAAGAGCCUAAGCUGGGAGACCACCACAGAGAACUUCGGGAGCAGCUGAUACAGGAUAUCGAUGGUCGCUACGAAACAUGGAAACGUAGCCGUAAAUUGUUGAAGGAUUACACCAACGAGAUGGAGCACCGGGUCGGGAAAGAACGAGACGAGGCUCGCCGUGUGUAUGAAAAGAAAAUGAAAGAGAUGAUUGAAGAAGAGCACACUAAACGCAACGUAGCGCUUGCUGCUAUGGAAGAAAAAUACGGCCUAGAUAUGGAAAAGAUGAGAAAGUCUAUGGAAACUGCAGCAAGGCAUGCUAGGAUCGCUGCUGUACUACAGGGUAUCCCAGUGUUCGGCCCACUUGUAGGAGGAAUAUAUGCACUGUCGACUUCUCCAUGACGUCACUGAGGAAAGCUGCGCCGCUUAUUGACGAUUCGGGGUUCCCAGGCCAUGCUUUGUGCAGAAAAUUGUAUGAAGAAAUACCCAAGCAGAAAUAGUAUUUUGGUUAAAGCUUGGACGCAUAUUCUGUAACUGGGACAGAUACUGCUAAUGAAUAAUACUAAUGAUGCUAAUA